UGCUAGAGAUAGUUUUUCAAGUCAUCUGAAAUGCCAGGACACUCUGUAAUAAAGCUGUGUUUUAAAAAAUUACACUGCAAACCACACUGACAUUUUUCUCUUCUUGCUAAUGAAAACUUCUCAUUCUGUAAUCCUUAUGAAAUAUAUAGCUUUUGAUUGUGCUUAAAGGUCUCCUUUGAAACACCAAAUGCCCAUGUGGGGCCUGUUCAUCUAUGUCAGUGUGUCUCUUAAUUCCCAGUCACAAUUAAGGGGCACAUACUUAGCUUUUUCCUGCACCUUGAAACCUGCUUUUCAAAACAGAAAUUAAUGCUUUAAACGGAGCAGCUGCAUGAUCCCUUUUACAUGCAGACAAUAGGAAAUGAGCCUGCCUGACAUCAAACAGCUUCAGCUAUGGUUUCAGGUAAGAGAAAGGCCGUAUCAUUGUUCACUUAAUUAAUUAUAGAAGGAAAGAGUAGUUGCUCUGGAACUGCAGAAUAUGUAGAAGGGAAACAUGGAUCUCUCUGUAUUGCCAAAUAACAACCACCCUGAUAAAUUCCUUCAGCUAGAUGUAAAGUCCUUAGCAAAAACCUCAGUCUUUUUACAAACCUGGCUGGCAAAUUUUCCAGAAACACAUUUUCCUGGGGAACAGCAGUGGCACAAUAGAGUCUAUUCACAGAAAGAAAAGAAAAAUGUACGUGAACAGCCUGUUGUGCAACUUGGUGAGCUACAUCCGGCAAUGAUUGACAAAGCCCUUGGAAAACACAUUACACCUGUCACCUUGAAAUCAACCAUCAAGAGUAAUCCUCUAUACAACGAUGUCUUUAUUGAUGACACCUGGCAGGAAAGGAGGAAUAAUCCAUCUUGGACUGUUCAGGACUAUGACAGGCAUUCCCUAAACUCCACCCUGGCUUGCUAUCUAAAGGAAAAUCCAAAUGAUAUCCACUACUGGCUGGAAGAUAUUUACACUCCAGGAUAUGAUACCUUGCUGAAAAAGAAAGAGAGAGAAAGCAAACGUUCCAGAUGUUGUCUAAUCAUACUGUUUCUGGUAUUGUUGGUUUGUAUCACAACAGCAACAGUGAUCGUUUGCAUUCUGUUCACAUGAUUCAGCCAAAUUCAGCCAAUAAAUAUUUUAGAAGAAUGGUCUCCAAUUCACAUUACACUGGGAUUGAAAAUUGCUGGUCAGAAUACAUCAGUCUUGAAUAAGUUCUAUUGAUUUUAAUGGAAAUUUCCUCAAUCUGAAUUUAACUCUAUAGCUUGUUCUUCACCAAGUAGUUAAUGAAAUGGUUUAUUGAUAAUUUCAAAGUAUAAGAAAUGUGUUUUGAAAACCACAGUCAUCACCCCAGGGGACUCUGGCUUUGGAGAAGUGGAGUUUUUAUUAAUUUCAUUUUAUUUAAUAUUGUGUCUUUCUCCCAGCACCAGAAUUUAAGGCCUUGUGUGUGCGCGUGCAUGCACACAACUGCACGUGUAUGUGUACUCCCCCAUCUC